UCCUGAGAUCCAGACGUGAUCUAGCUUUUUCCAGGCUGUAAGAAUUCCCCCUUGUUCUUUUGUUCUGAACUCUGCUGAUUAAAGUAACAGAUCCUUCGUUGUCAUACAAACUCUCAAGAUCUUGAAAAGUGAAAUGACUUAAAAUCACAAAUAUAUCUGACAAUGUCACUUCGAACUCCAACCACCAUGCAUUUUACUCUGUUGAGUAAAAAUGUUCUGUCACCAGAGGAACAGGAGCUGUAUGAACUAGCAGAUCUGGCAGGUGUUGUUGUAGAUCCAUCAGUCUUCAAAAUCGUCCUUGACCUCCUUAAGAUGAAUGUGGCCCCAACAGCCGUGCUGCAGAUGCUGAAGUCAAUGUGUGGUCAGAGACGGAAGAAAGCUCAAACUGUAGGGGGUGAUCAUUCAGCUCCAGAUCCAUCCUCACAUCUCCCUGCCCGUUCCCGGGACGAAGGAAAAUCUCAACAUUCUUCUCAUCGUGUCCGGUCAGGAAGCCCAGAUAUGACUUCCAAUAUCCCAGCCCGGACCAGGGACGAGGGAAAAUCUCUUCAUUCUUCACAUCGUGUCCGGUCAGGAAGUCAUGGACGGACAUCAUCUCGGUCAGACCCCAGAAAAUGAUUCACACUACAAUCCCUAGCCAUUUACAUUAUUCUCAAGUAGGAGCGGAAGAUAUUGAAAUCAGUGUAAAACUGGCUCAUUUUAGGUGUAUAAGAUAGGUUUGUCUCCGCUACAGUCCUCUUCACUAGAAAGUCAAAGGAGUGACGUUUCUUGGCAAUUUUGAGAAACAGAACCUCAAGUGUGAAUGACUCCUUGAAAGUUGAACAAACUUCUGUUUUAUGAUGGCAAAGCUUUGAAGGUUUCUUUUGAUUAUAUGAAAAAGGUUGCAAGAUAUUGAUGAGAAAGUGUGAAACAUGACUUUUGUCAGUGUAUAUUGGGAGCGACAUAUUGACACUGUAAAUUUCAUCAAUCAUUGUAUUGAAAAUAUCAGACAUGAAGAUCUUUUCAAUGUUAAGGGAAUGUGAUAUACACAUUGAUAUAAAUGGAUUUCAUUUAUUCAUACAAGUCCAGAGUGGCUGUUUGAAUAUGUCGGUCUAAUCAUAAAAGUAUUAAGGAUGGAAAUAUGAUCUGAUAUGUAUGAUUAUACAGGUAAAUAUUUUAAAUAAAGUUUUAUAUUUCA